AUGCCUCCCUGGGCGAGUGUCGAUGCCCCUGAGGGCGCUGAGCUCACUCUGUGCGCAGCCGCCUGGGCUUCAGCACAGCAACAUCAACAUCAACAGCGGCAAAGGAGGUUUCUCCACCACGAGCCGCUGAAGGAUAGGCCAAGGACCAAGGAGGAGUGGCUGUCACGGACGGAUUCUCUAUGGCAAAGGCUGCGGAUCAGGACCAAGUGGGUACUGAAGAGGUCCAUGAGGCCGUUCAACGUGGAUGACUUCUCUGCGUUCUUCUCCUGGAUAAUGAUGGGCAACGUGCUGCUGAUUGUGUUUGGUACGACGGCGUUUGCCUCGCUGGUGAUACUACUGAUGAACACUGUGUUGGCACAGGAGCUUGUUGCCAGUAAAUUGGGCAACUUGAUAACGAGGAACUCAGGGAUGACGGUGAUCUUUGAAAGCGCCAUCGUGCCUGACUGGCGUGACGGGAAGAUCUCGUUCAACAAGUGCUUUGUCUCCAAAAGACCCAAGAAUAAGGACCCUGGUGUUGCCAAGGGCUCCCAGGCCAUAGCCAUUGAAAGGGCAUCGAGAACUGAUGAAAAUGAUGAAUUCUAUGACGAUGGGAACUACACACAGUUUGACCUCACCAUCGACCAAGUGAAUGUGUCGUUGUCACUAAGCAAAUUCCUUAACGGUCGAGGUAUAGUCCAUGAACUGGAUAUUCAUGGAGUAAGAGGUAUCGUGGACCGUACCCAUGUUCAUUGGGAUCCAGAUGACGAUGCAAGAAACUACAAAAACGUGAAGAGACCCGGUGAUUUCGAAUUUGAAAACUUCAAGAUGACCGAUGUGCUGUUCACAUUAGCACAGCCAGACGGGUUCAGACCUUUCAACGUUAGUAUAUUUAACUGUGAAUUGCCUAUACUGAGGAAGCACUGGCUUUUCUACGAUUUCUUGAACGCUACGAACGUAUCUGGCUCGUACGACGACUCGUUGUUCACAAUUCAUAAGAGACAAAGAGCAAACGAUUUUGGAGACGAUCCUAACCUGAAGAACUCUCCGUGGAAACGUGUCACCAGGUGCCGUGUCGACUCCUUGAAGGUUGAUCAUUUAAACGCCGGGAUGGAAGGGCCGUUUGGCUGGAUAACAAGCGGUGAGGUUGAUAUGAUUGGUGACAUCAUGGUGCCAGAAGAUGAGACGAUAAACGUUACAGAGAUAUUACAAUCCAUUGGAGAUUCUCUAGCCAAGGAGGCGAGACGGGCAAGAAUACUAUCGCCAAAGAAGAACAGGUCAGAAGCGAACACGCUCAAGAAUGAGCUUGACGAGGAAGAAAAGACGCCAGCAAACCACGAAUAUGAGCCUUCGAAGUAUUUCGUUAUGGAUUUACAAAUCAAGCUUAAUAACGUCAAGGCUGCAGUGCCAAUCUUCACCAAUGAACUGUCCUAUGUGAAUAAUGCACUGAUCAGACCAAUCGUUGGUUAUAUCAACUCAAGGAAGACCUACAUCCCCGUGAACUGCAGAAUCGUCAAAAAGGUUGAAGAUUUUGAAGGCUCGUGGACCGUCUACGAUUCCCUAUUGAUGGACGACAUGUCCAUUGAGGUCUAUGACGCCUUUGCCCUCUACGUUGCCAAUGAAGAGGUUAGAACUUUGAGGAUGAAGAGGGUUGCAUUUUGGAGCUUGCAGGCACUGAUUCAACUGCUGUUGAUGAGCUUGGGGGCAAUUGCAUAGCCUCUCCAUUUUCUCCUUCGCGUUCAAACAUCGCCCAUAUCAAUGACUUAUGAAUAACCAUAUGGCCUGUCCAUUUUAUAUGUAUAUACAGCAAACUUUUAACGAAUAUUAUCCAAUGAUGC